GCGUCCAGCUCCGGCCGGACGCGGGGUCGGCAAGGACCACCGGGCCGCAGCACCCGCCCGAGCCUCUUGGGCUUUCCACUUGUAGCCGGUGUUUCGGUCCGUGACACUUUGCCCGGCGUACAGGCCUCUAGGCGCAGCCUCGCCCACCUGUGCCCGGAGACCCUGGGGCCGUGUUCACCCUGGGCGAAGCGGGAGGGUCAGUCGGCUCCGACGCUUUCGCGGCACCCGGAACCCCAGGCUCGCGGCCGCAGUUUCCGGCCGGCGAAGGCGCUCAGCGGCCCGAGGCCACGGAAGCGGGCUCGGGAGGCCGGGCCGGGGCCGGACGGAGAUGGCGCCGCCAGCGGGCGGCGCGGCCGCGGCUUCGGACCCGGGCUCGACUGCGGUGCUUCUGGCGGUGCACGCCGCGGUGCGGCCGCUGGGCGCGGGGCCGGAGGCCGAGGCGCAGCUGCGGAGGCUGCAGCUGAGUGCGGACCCUGAGCGACCAGGGCGCUUCCGGCUGGAGCUGCUGGGCGCGGGGCCCGGUGCGGUCAGUUUGGAGUGGCCCCUGGAGACAGUCUCCUACACUGUCAGAGGCCCCAGCCAGCAUGAGCUGCAGCCUCCACCAGGAGGGCCUGGGACUCUCAGCCUGCACUUCGCCAACCCUCAGGAAGCUGAGCGGUGGGCAGCCCUGGUCCGAGGUGCCACCGUGGAAGGACAGAAUGGCAAUGACAGCCUGCCCCCAGCCCUAGGCCCAGAAACAGGCCCUGUUUCCCUGCCCAGUCCCCUUGAAGUGCUCACACCCAAGGCCCCCCAACCCAAGGUGGAUCUUCCCUGGAGCUCUGGAGACUUAAUGGAGAAAGAAGAGCUGGCAGGGCGCCUGACCCGGGCCAUAGAGGGUGGGGAUGAGAAGGGGGCAGCCCAUGCAGCAGCUCUCCUGGCCCAGCACCACGUGGCCCUGAGUAUCCAGCUCCGAGAGGCCUGCUUCCCUCCUGGCCCCAUCAGACUACAGGUCACGGUUGAAGACGCUGCAUCCUCUGCCCAUGUCUCGCUGCAGGUCCACCCCCACCGCACCAUCGGGGCCCUCCAGGAGCAGGUGUUCUCGGAGUUCGGCUUCCCACCAUCUGUGCAGCGCUGGGUCAUUGGGAGGCGCUUGUGUGUCCCUGAGUACAGCCUCGCUUCCUAUGGGGUCCGGCGGGACGGGGACCCUGCUUUCCUCUACCUGCUAUCAGCCCCCCGAGAAGCCCCAGGACGCAAUCUUCAGCGCCCUCAGAAGAUGGAGGGGGAACUAGGCCGUCUGUUUUCUCAGUCACUCGGGCUUCCCCGAGCCCCUCAACCAGCCAGCUCCAGUCUCCCCAACCCGAUUCAGCCCGGCUGGUCCUGCCCUUCCUGCACUUUCAUCAACGCCCCAAGCCGGCAUGGCUGUGAGAUGUGUAGCACCCAGAGGCCUCGUGCUUGGGAGCCCUUUCCCACAGCCUCCACCCAGCAGCUACCAAAGGUGACAAGGAGAGAGGAUGGCCCCUCCCUUCCAGGCCAGAGCUCCCUGGACCCCAUCCUGAACCUCUCAGGGAACCUCUGCUGACUGCUCACAAGGGACAAAGCCAGGGCUGGGGGGAGGGGCCAUGAGCUGGAGUCAUUAAAGACAUUUCUGAGCCAGC